CUACAGAAGUCCAAAAGAAAAGGCCCAGGUCGAUACGCCACCUAAAAACGUUGUUGAUCGUACUUACUGCUGAAACUAAAAGGAAGCAGCCAUAACAUAAACCCUAACAAUUUAAUUGGUUCACAAAUUUUGCUCCUUUUGAACUUUAAUCAUGAGUAAGCUUCAAAGUGAAGCUGUGAGAGAAGCUAUAUCUGGGAUUGCAAAUGAUUGCAAGGAAAAGAAUCGCAAGUUUACAGAGACUAUUGAACUCCAGAUUGGGCUGAAGAAUUAUGACCCACAAAAGGACAAGCGUUUCAGUGGCUCUGUUAAAUUGCCACACAUCCCUCGUCCCAAGAUGAAAGUUUGCAUGCUUGGAGAUGCACAACACGUUGAAGAGGCUGAGAGAAUAGGUUUGCAAUGGAUGGACGUAGAAGCGUUGAAGAAACUCAACAAGAACAAGAAGCUGGUUAAAAAGCUUGCAAAGAAGUACCAUGCUUUCCUUGCAUCUGAGGCAGUCAUUAAACAGAUUCCGCGUUUGCUCGGUCCUGGUCUUAACAAGGCUGGCAAGUUCCCUACUCUUGUCACCCACCAAGAACCCUUGGAGAACAAAGUGAACGAGAUUAAGGCAACUGUGAAGUUCCAGCUUAAGAAAGUUCUCUGCAUGGGAGUUGCUGUUGGUAACCUUAGUAUGGAAGAGAAGCAGAUAUUCCAAAAUGUGCAAAUGAGCGUCAACUUUCUCGUCUCAUUGCUGAAGAAGAAUUGGCAAAAUGUCCGGUGCUUAUACCUGAAGAGUACCAUGGGCAAGCCAUACCGCAUCUUCUAAAUCAGUCUAUGUCACUGUUUUUGAUUUACCGGCUUAGGAGAGUUUGCUUAUUGCCUGUUCCUUCAUUAAAACCUUCGCCUUAUUUCCUAUUGACUCAGUUACGUUCCAAAACUGUAUCAGCUUAGUUACAAAAAAAAAACUUUGUUUUGUUCUAUGGUCCUAAUUUCAAUAUAUCAAGGCUGUUAAAAGAAAAAUUAAUUUUGUUCAAUGUUAUUUCAAUUUAUCCA